UCAAUUAUCGUUUUCGUUGGAAGACAGAGACAAAAACCAUUCUAUUUUUUUUUCCCUACUCUCUGUGAAAUCUGCCGCUGAAAACUCUCUCUCGGUUUCUGAGGAGUAAUCGGAAUCCCAUGGCGAACCUCAUGGCAGAGGACACGACUUUUGAGGACGAUCAGCUCGCCGCGAUGACGACGGAAGACAUCGUUAGAGCAACUCGUCUUCUUGACAACGAGAUCCGCAUACUCAAGGAAGAAAUGUCAAGAACAAAUUUAGAGCUGGACUCGUACAAGGAGAAGAUCAAGGAGAAUCAGGAAAAGAUUAAGCUUAAUAAGCAGUUGCCGUACUUGGUGGGCAACAUCGUUGAGAUUCUGGAAAUGAACCCAGAAGAUGAGGCUGAGGAGGAUGGUGCAAAUAUUGAUCUUGACUCCCAAAGAAAGGGAAAGUGUGUUGUUUUGAAAACAUCUACUCGCCAGACAAUCUUUCUUCCAGUUGUUGGGCUUGUUGAUCCUGAUACCUUGAAGCCUGGGGAUCUUGUUGGUGUGAACAAAGAUAGUUACCUGAUUCUGGAUACUCUUCCGUCCGAGUAUGAUUCUCGAGUAAAGGCUAUGGAAGUUGACGAAAAACCAACUGAAGACUACAAUGACAUUGGAGGGCUGGAGAAGCAGAUUCAAGAACUAGUUGAGGCGAUUGUUUUACCCAUGACCCACCAGGAGCGUUUUCAGAAGUUAGGAAUUCGCCCACCAAAGGGAGUGUUAUUGUAUGGACCUCCUGGAACCGGUAAAACUUUGAUGGCUCGGGCUUGUGCUGCUCAGACAAAUGCCACUUUUCUGAAACUGGCUGGUCCCCAACUGGUUCAGAUGUUUAUUGGAGAUGGAGCAAAACUUGUUCGCGAUGCCUUUCUGCUUGCAAAAGAGAAAUCCCCCUGCAUCAUUUUCAUAGAUGAAAUUGACGCAAUUGGCACGAAACGGUUUGAUAGUGAAGUGAGCGGGGAUAGGGAGGUGCAGCGUACAAUGCUUGAGUUGCUAAAUCAGCUUGAUGGAUUUAGUAGCGAUGACCGGAUCAAGGUGAUAGCAGCAACAAAUCGUGCUGAUAUCCUGGACCCUGCUCUGAUGCGUUCUGGUCGGUUGGAUCGUAAAAUUGAGCUUCCUCAUCCCACUGAAGAAGCAAGAGCUCGGAUUUUGCAGAUUCACUCAAGGAAGAUGAAUGUUCAUCCUGAUGUCAAUUUUGAAGAAUUGGCUCGCUCGACUGAUGACUUCAACGGAGCACAGCUAAAAGCUGUUUGUGUGGAGGCAGGCAUGCUAGCCCUUCGCCGUGACGCGACUGAGGUGAACCACGAAGACUUCAACGAGGGGAUUAUCCAAGUUCAAGCGAAGAAGAAGGCUAGCCUGAAUUAUUAUGCCUAGAUCGAACGUUGGCGAGUUUUCGUUCGGAAAAACCAAACCCUCCCUUGUGUAUUCAUCGUUGUAAUGAUACUUGAAAUUUUGUGAAAAGAUAUUCAGGUCUUGCUAGGAACAGCAACUGGCCUUGUGUAACUGAAAUGUUAGUUGAUGGGUAAAUACCUCUUCCUGGAUAUCAUAUCUUAGUUGAUUUUAAUUUCUUGAUUUGUUUUCGUGAA